AUGGGAUCAAGUAGAGCCAACAGGUACAGCAUCGUGUCCGACAUCAUACCAGAGGAGGAACGUCAGAAGAUCUCGAGCUUGGGACUCCGUAACGGCCACAGUUCACCCAGCUUCAGACAGCGGUCGUCCUACGACUCAGAAGACAGUAGGAGGAGGUCGGGAGCCUCCGCUGUCCUGACCAACACAAGGGGACGAGGAGGGAUGAACAACUACAACGGGAAGAUUCUGACAAGGGGCUCCACCCAAGUACGGAGCCGCUUCGUGAAGAAAAACGGACAAUGCAAUGUUGUGUUCACCAACCUGGAGGAACGGAGGCAGCGCUACCUCGCCGACAUCUUCACAACCUGCGUGGACAUCCGCUGGAGGUACCUGCUGCUUAUAUUCUGCUGCAGUUUCAUGAUCUCCUGGCUGCUUUUCGGUAUAAUCUUUUACACCGUCUCCCUGGCACAUGGAGACUUUGCAGAGCACCCUACGCUCAAAGGCGAUGGGAUGCCCUGCAUCCUGCAUGUCCACGGGUUUGUUGGGGCGCUGCUGUUCUCUAUGGAGACCCAGACCACAAUUGGUUACGGUUGGCGCUGUGUUACAGAGGAGUGCCCUGUUGCUGUGAUAACAGUGGUGGUGCAGUCCAUCGUAGGCUGCAUCAUUGACUCCUUCAUGAUUGGCACCAUCAUGGCUAAGAUGGCGCGGCCAAAGAAGAGAAACCAAACCCUCAUGUUCUCCAAAAACGCUGUCAUUGCGAUGCGUGAUGGCAAGCUGUGCCUCAUGUGGCGGGUGGGCAACCUGCGGAGGAGCCACAUCGUGGAGGCUCACGUCCGCGCACAGCUCAUACGUUCAUACACCACAGCUGAGGGGGAGUUCAUCCCCUUAGAGCAGAUGGACCUCAACGUGGGCUACGAUGAGGGCACAGACAGGCUGUUUCUAGUGUCUCCACUGGUCAUAAUCCAUGAGAUCGAUAAGGAUAGCCCUCUGUAUACGCUAAGCCGAGCUGAUCUGGAGACAGAUGACUUUGAAAUCGUGGUGAUCUUGGAGGGGAUGGUGGAGGCCACGGCCAUGACCACCCAGUUCCGUAGCUCCUAUCUUGCCAGAGAGGUCUUCUGGGGUCACAGGUUUGAACCCGUGAUCUAUGAGGACCGGGACCGCUACAAGGUGGACUACGGUCGCUUCCACAAGACGUAUGAGGUACCAUCAACGCCACAUCUCAGCGCCAAAGAGCUCGAUGAAGCGGCGAGCCGGGCCUCUUCUCCUGCCUCUCCUGCCUCUCCUGCCUCUGCAUGCAGGUCCACAAAAGACCUGAUCCCCAGGUCGCUGAGCGCCUUCUGCUAUGAGAACGAGGUGGCGCUGAGCUGUGGGGAGGAAGAGGACGACAUAUUUGACUCUUCUCAGAUCGGAGGGAAGGAGAGAACGGAGGAGAGGAGGACUUCAGUUUCUGUUGACUUUCAAAACAUGUUUCAUGACACGGCGACCAUGACCUCGGGCAGUCAUAACUUCAUGUGUGUUCUAGACAUGGACAACAACCAGAUGGAGUUUGACAGCCUACAGACUGCCAUCCCUCUGGAUCCAGUGACCUAUAAGAGCGAGCAGGAGCUCUAA